CCAAUAAUUGUCUUUGUAGUUCUCAAACUGUCAAAGCACUGUUCGCAGCUCGAGUUUCUGCGUGUCCAGGUCCGCAAGGUCAAAGAAAUAAUCUAUCAUGUACUAGAUAAAGUGGUCGGGAAGAUCAAGGCGAAGUCAUUGCAGCUUUGCUCUUCGCUAGGACCAGGUCCCAGCGGCUGUUCCGCUGUCCUUGCUUUUCGAAAACUCCUCAUAAGUCAUAGUGCAUGUACUACGGUUGAGGAGUUGGAGAUCGGAGUGUGUUUGAAGUAUUUGAAGUAUGGCUGAUUCUCUGCGACCAGCGCAGUGCUCGUACAUACCACCACCCAGUGCUGGUAGCGAGAGUAGUAGCGGGGAAGAUGUCACGGCUAGAAGCGUAGUCCUUCAGAGACUAACCACCCUUGGUGUACCUCUACCAGUUGGCGUCAGAGGCAGUAAACUCACGGCUUCAAACGCUGCAUCUCCAGCGAAGCGAUCUGCAACAUGUUGCUUUGGUGUUGCAUUGGACAAGUGUAGCCAUGAACAUCCUGUUCAGUUGCAGUCGGAGUGGUGCAGUGCACUACCUUGUUUCCUCGUCUUUGUGAUACAAUACCUGGAACGUUUUCUGACGUCUGACGGACUGUUCAGGAAAACAGGCUCUCUCCAGAAGCAGCGGACAUUGCGAACAAGGGUUUGCGAAACGGACGGAGCAGCUCUGGACGAUGUAAGCGAGUACGAUGCCGCUAGCCUCCUAAAGCAGUACUUGCGCUUGCUGCCAGGUGGCAUGAUUCCCAGGGGCUGGAAGGAUAGUCUGACAGCGGUUGCCAAUCGCUACGCCGGCUCCGAGCCAGAACAGCUGAAGGAAGUCCUAAUGGACAUGGUAUUCCUGAUGCCCGAGAGAAACCAGGCUUGCCUGGCCUACACAAGCAGGUUUCUGCAUCAGCUAGUUCGGUCGUCACGGACAACUGACAGCGAGAAAGUGUCCACCAUACUUGCUCCGAGUAUCAUGCAAUGCUCAGGAGCAUCAAACAGUGAUCUGAGCACGCUGACAUGCAUCCUGAAGAUUUUCAUCGAGAACGCUGAAAGCAUCGGCAUAGCUGACACUUCCGCCGCAGCUUUGACCAUCGAGCGUCCGUUCACACCAACAGAGGUUGCCUCCAGCAGUCCUGUCCUCAUCUCGCCCAGCACAGAGCUGAGGAGCCUAAGGCAAAAGCGUUCGCUCCGCUCGGCAGCUGCAUCACCUGGUCACAUUGCGGUGGGAAGCUGUGUCGACUCUCGACUCAUGGAAAUCUGCAGCAGCAAUGAAAGCCUGGCCUCUCCCAGCACGUGUAAGCUUUCACCAGUCAGCGAAGUAUCCCAUGCAGAAGCCAUCGAUGAACGGAGAAGUCCAGCGAAGGAAAAGAAACGAAAGCAUAAGCGCCGCUCUUCACUAAGUGGCCUUGUUAAUUCCAUUGGGCAGACGUUUGAACGGUUGAAGACCCAAAAAGCGGCACCCCAGCCCUUGCGAGAUCCGCACGAUUGUGCUGCUAUGGAUGUUGAUCAGCCUAAAGUGGCUUCGCCACCGAGACAACAUCGACCUAUCAUCGGAAGGCCGUCACUGCAUCGGGCGGCUAAAAGUACCCGUGGAAGAGUUGCAGCGGUUCAUCCAAAUGACAUACCCACAGGCACACGGGCAGUGUCACCUUUGAAGAGAAAGGCUCCCGCUGAUGAAACUCACCUCCUGUCCCCACAGAAAAGGAAAGCAAUGCUGCAGGCACUGGCUAACAACGACUGCAUGGUGAACCGCUCCACUUUAAGCCUUGCCACCGGGAUGGCUUGUCCACAGCCAAUGGCACCGCUGAAGGGCAUUCACGGUGAUAAUGUGCAGCAGCAGCAAGAGGCAGCGGGGCUGUCAGUUGUGCGUGAUUCCAGCCUGCGCGGUUCAUUCCGGUCUGUGGCUGGUGAGCAGAUGCUAAGUGUGCCAACAGGACAGCUACUCUAUGUCAGAACUGGCAAUGACAAAGAAAACAUGUCCAAGAAGAAAUCGGGUCGGCGUUCCAGCUGCCAUCUUGAAUUUCCCAGACCAGAAUCGAAACUAGACGGUUUGGACUCGGAUGAAGCAAAGGCACUCGCACUCUUGUCGGAAUCUGCCCCCAAGAAGAAGAAGUCUAAGCUGCGACGUCGCCUGAGCGGCGGUCUCAUCAAGAAGGAGCCAGCCGAAGACAAAGUGGCGCACAUCAUGGAGGUCGGCGAGCGCCUGGCCAACUUGCGCUCAUCGCGCACCUCCAGCUGCAUGUCUAGCCAAGCAACAAGUAGGUGUACAACGCCCAGCGCCAGCAGCCAUCACAUGCGCUGGAACGCACCGCCGGGGUCCCUGCCGCCGACUAACAGCCCGACGGCAUUCGCCUGUUCCGUUCCGGCAUCGUCAUCAUCCGUCCUCUUGGCGACCGACUCGCAAACGAGCAGCCGCGCUCGUCACAUGUCCCUACCCAGGGAAUCUCACCUGACUGGUGUGCAAGUUUGACACUCUAGGCAUGCACCGUUUCCGGGGGUGAAAUUCUCAAGCCGAUAGUUCAACCUUGUCGACAUGCACCUGAAUGAUGUACACCUUCAAAAUAGUGACCGGGCGGGGGGCAACAUCUUCUCUGUCUCGGUAGCAUGGACUGGCUGAAUUCCGUGGCAUCACUUGCGUCUUUUGUACUUGUACUGUAACCAUGGUAAUGCAUGCACCGGUAGACACCGUGUAGAAUCUAUAGACAUUCAGCACUGCUGAGUGGGCUCUCCCGAUGUUCGCACUCCAUAACUAUUAUAAUAAACCUCUUAAUUUAGUCUUAAACAAUUUCAAUCAUUCCAUACGAUCAUUGCGGUAAUUUGAAUUUCUCAACCCAAGCUCUCCUGUUUUCCGGCGUAUUUCAUCGGUAAUGCUGACAUGCACACAUUGAUUUCACCCUCAACGACUGAUGCAUAACCAGGUUCAUUCGUAAUCUAUCUUCAUUUCAAGUCCAGGAAGUAAUAACAUUUCUUUUAAAUUAAAACCAUUUUACAUGUA